AUGUUAGCCACACGUCUGUGGUGUAGGGUAGGUAUUAAAUUUUGCACCCGAUAUCAAUCGCGCUCGGCAUCCGGUUCUAUUUCGACGGAAUCAGCCGCUCAAAAUUACUGCGCCAAGCUGGUUCGGCAAUUUGAUAAGGAAAAUUUCCUGUGCACACUUCUGUUGAAAAAUCCUGGCCGGAGAAGUGCGCUUGCCAUUCGAGCUUUCAAUGUAGAAAUCGCGCGCAUAACGGGUUCCGUUUCCGAUGAUAAGAUAGGUCAAAUGAGGCUCAAGUUCUGGGAAGAAACGGUUGACAAAUUGUACCGCGAGGAUCUGAAGCACGUUCCGGAUCAGCCGGUUGUGCAGGAAAUCAAGCAAGCUAUCGACAAACAUCGGCUCACCAAAAGAUACUUUCAAAGGUUGGUAACGGCUCGUUGGAACAGUAAUCUUCGGUUUGUAACUUCCAAACAGCUGGAGGAAUACGUUGAAAACUCGGUAUCGAGUGUGUACUAUCUGCUGCUAGAAGCACACGGAGUAAGGAAUGUUCAUGCCGAUCACGCCGCUUCCCAUCUGGGUAAAGCUCAAGGCAUCGUCAAUCUACUUAGAUCCAUUCCCUAUCAGGAGCGGCGUAAUGUAGUUCCAAUACCACAGGAAGUGCUGAUACAGCACGGUGUUAGUCAGGAGCGGAUUAUACGGAAUAGGAAAGACGAUAAAGGUGUGGAGGAGGUCGUAUUUCAGUUAGCCUCUUCGGCUCAUCAACAUUUGGAAAAGGCGCGCAAUCUUUGGGAAUCUGUACCGAAACAGGCUCGGCCAGUACUGUUACCCGGUGCGGCGACGGGGCGCUUCCUGGAACGACUCCGUCGAGCAAAUUUUCACUUGACCGAUCCAAAUCUGCUUAAGAGCGAUUCGGCGCUUCCACUGGUCAUUUAUUGGAAUCACUUUCGAGGAAAGUUUUAG